AUGGCGCAGCUCCCGUGCCCCCCCCUGGGGCUGGAGUCCCUGCGGGUGCUGGACACGCAGCUCCGGGCGUCCAGCCACAAGCGGCACGGGCUGGGCGCGCACCGCGGCCGCCUCAACAUCCAGUCAGGGCUCUACGACGGCGAUUUCUACGACGGGGGCUGGUGCGCGGGACAGGAGGACACCGAGCAGUGGCUGCAGGUGGACGCGCGGCGCCUCACCCGCUUCACCGGCGUGGUCACCCAGGGCCUCAACUCCAUCUGGACGUACGACUGGGUGACGUCCUACAAGGUGCAGGUCAGCAAUGACUCGCACACGUGGCUGCCGGGGGGGGGGGGGGGGGGCCCUCAGGUGUUCCCGGGGAACAAAGACCCCGAGACGCCGGUGCUGAACCUGCUGCCCUCGCCGCUCGUGGGGCGAUUCCUGCGCAUCAACCCGCAGAGCUGGUUCCCCAACGGCACCGUCUGCCUGCGGGCCGAGGUCCUGGGCUGCCCCGUGCCCGACCCCAGCGAUGCCCACACCUGGCACCCCCCGGCCCCGCCCGAAUCUCACCUGGAUUUCCGCCACCACAACUACAAGGAGAUGAGAAAGCUGAUGAAGAGGGUGAGCGAGGAGUGCCCCGACAUCACGCGCGUGUACAGCAUCGGGCAGAGCUCCCGCGGGCUGCGCCUCUACGUGAUGGAGAUCUCGGACAACCCCGGGACGCACGAAGUGGGAGAGCCCGAGUUCCGCUACGUGGCCGGGAUGCACGGGAACGAGGUGCUGGGCCGGGAGCUGCUGCUGAACCUGAUGGAAUUCCUGUGCCGGGAGUUCCGCCGGGGAAACCCCCGCGUGGUGCAGCUGGUGACGGACACGCGCAUCCACCUGCUGCCCUCCAUGAACCCCGACGGCUACGAGACCGCCUACAAACUGGGCUCGGAGCUGGCGGGAUGGGCCAUGGGCCGCUGGACGUACGAGGGCAUCGACCUCAACCACAACUUUGCCGACCUGAACACGGCGCUGUGGGACGCCGAGGACAACGACCUGGUGCCCCACGAGUUCCCCAACCACUACAUCCCCAUCCCCGAGUACUACACCUUCGCCAACGCCACGGUGGCCCCGGAGACGCGGGCGGUGAUCGCGUGGAUGCAGCGCUACCCGUUCGUGCUGAGCGCCAACCUGCACGGCGGCGAGCUGGUGGUCACCUACCCCUUCGACAUGACCCGCACCUACUGGAAGGCGCAGGAGCUGACCCCGACGCCGGACGACGGCGUUUUCCGCUGGCUGGCCACCGUCUACGCCACCGCCAACCUGGCCAUGGCCAGCGGCGAGCGCCGGCGCGGGGGGGGGGGGGCCAUGGCCAGCGGCGAGCGCCGGCGCUGCCACUACGACGACUUCACGCGUUUCGGCAACAUCAUCAACGGAGCCAACUGGCACACGGUGGCUGGCAGUAUGAAUGAUUUCAGCUACCUGCACACCAACUGCUUUGAGAUCACCGUGGAGCUGUCCUGUGAUAAAUUCCCGCACGCCUCCGAGCUGCCCGAGGAGUGGGAGAACAACCGGGAGUCGCUGCUGCUCUUCAUGGAGCAGGUGCACCGCGGGAUCAAGGGCGUGGUUCGGGACAGUGACACCGAGCUGGGCAUCCCCAACGCCAUCAUCUCCGUGGAUGGCAUCAACCACGACGUCCGCACCGCCUCGGACGGGGACUACUGGCGGCUGCUGAACCCGGGCGAGUACGAGGUGACGGCGCGGGCCGAGGGCUACGAGGCGGCCACGCAGCCGUGCCGGGUUUACUUCGAGAACGUUCCCACCCCGUGCAGCUUCCGCCUGGCGCGGGCACGGGUGCCCGUGCCGGGUGUCCCAGUUAAACCCCCCCUCCCAGCUGGGGUCGGGGGUGAACCCCUGAGGGCCCAUCAAGGCAGGAAGGGACUUCCCACUUUUUUUCCCCCCUUGCUUUUGGGGGACCCCGGCUCGUACCCCUCGCUGCUGGGCACUUUGCUGAACUUCCAGAUCUUCCACUACCGCUGCGACCUGGGGGAUGGCACCAAAUGGCGGCGACUCACCCUUCACCUACCCGCGCCCUCAUCCAAGAUGGCGGCGUCCACCCCGGCGUCACGGCGCGACGUAGAGCGCGUGACGCGCUGA